CAAUUGUCAAUUUCUGAGAAAAAGAUAGUAAGUGUUUCUACCGAAAUAAAAAAUUCUAGCAUUACUCCUGAACAAAUAAACUUAUAUACUGGUGAUGUUUCAGCAUCAGAUAUAUCAGAUAAAACUUCAAAUUCUGAUAAUAUUCCCACAAAAGAAAUUUCACCACUUAAUAAGAGUCAACCUGAUAAGGAGGAAACUAUUACUCCUGACCCUAUAACUGGAAUAGAACAUAGCUCAACCCAGAUCCAAAAAACUGAAUUAUCUACAAUCUCUUUGUCACAAAAUAUUAUCGAUGACAAUACAGACGAGACUCUUGAUUUUGUAGAAAUGAAACAUAAAGAACAUUUAUCUUCGAAUAAUAAAUCAUCAUGUGAUCCUGAGUCCAAAUCACCUAAUCAGAGACAUGAAACACUUUGCUUCACAAAAAUUUCUUAUAAUCAAAAGAUUUCUGAAUACUCUUUAGAAGUGAUUUUAUCAGAAUCUAAAUAUGAGAAUCGAGUCAGUGAUAUUAAGACUGCAAAUAAUAGUGAAGCUAGUGCUAAAGCACAUAUUGAUGACCAAUUGGCAAAAAUGAUAGUGUAUAAUGAAAUAAAAUCGCUUCUUCCUGAUAUCACUAAUGUAAACUUGCGUAAAAUAACUUCCAGAGCAAAAAACACAAGCACUAUUUCAAGUUUAAAGGAUAUUCAAAUUCAAAAUAUCAUAAAUGAUUUUUCCAAGACAAUUGAUAUGAGUUGCCAGACACAGAGUGACAUUUCUUCUGAAAUAAAAGUGAUCAGUGUGACAAAUUGGAAUGCAUACAUGACUAAACAAACUUUGUCAGAAACUGAUAUAAGUAUUAUAUCCACUCCUCUUAUUUUAUCAUCCCAUAUCUCUAGUCAUUCUGUAAUUGUCUCUGGUAAUUCAGAAGAUAAGGAAGUUGAAUCUUUACCAGAACUAAGAUAA